AUGGAGGGUCACCUGCGGCUGCGGCUGCAGAUAAUGGGCGUCUGCGGUGUCUCUACAGCUCAGCAAGUGUACGUGAAGUUUCUCUGGCGGGGCGAGAAGCAAAAGAGCCCGCUGCUGCAGCCCGUUCAGCGGCAGCAGCAGCAGCAGCAGCAGCAGCAGCAGCAGCAGCAGCAGGCUGAGUUCCUGCUGCCCUACGACAAGGCCAUCGACGGCUCCACUUUGCUGCUGCGGGUUUGGAAGCAUUCCCUUCUGAAGAAAAAGGAAAUUGGCGAAACCAGGGUGCAGCUGCCUGCAGCAGAGGAGCCUACACCUCAAUCAGUCUUCGCUCCGCUGACUUCCCUGGGGCCUGGGGCGGGGCUGCUGCUGAUGCUGCAGCUGCGGCGGUUUGAUGCAGCAGCACACCGGCAGCAGCUGCAGCAGCAGCUGCAGCAGCAGCAGCACAUCGACUGGCAGCGACAGCAGCAGCAGAGACACGAGCAGCAGCUGGCGCUGCAAGACAUGCACCACCAUGACGGCGUAGAUGCCUUUCUGGCGCAGCAGAUGCAGCAGCAGAUGCAGCUGCAGCAGCAGCAGCAGCAAGGCUACUACCAGCAGCAGCAGCACCAGUAUCCCUAUUAUGCGCCGCAGCAAAUGCAGCAACAGCAGUACUAUAUGCAGCAGCAGCAGCCUUACUACAUGCCGCAGCAGCAACCCUACUACGCACAGCAGCAGCAGCCUCCCUACGCGCAGCAGCAGCAGCAGCAGCAGCCGCAGCAGCAGGGGAGGGAGACAGCAGCAAACAUAGUCACCCCAGGGCAGCCAGCGCCGCAGCUGCUGCUGCAUGAACACGUUUAUGUACAAGACCAGGCUAAUGGCAACACGCAGCAGCAGCAGCAGCAGCAGCAGCAGCAGCAUUACGCGUAUGGCGCCGGAGCCCACAAGCGCAGCAGCAGCAGCAGCAGCAGCAGUAGCAGCAGCAGCAGGAGCAGCAGUAACAGCAGCAAGAGCAGCAAGAAUGAAGACGCCGACAUAGCGUACAUACAGUCCAUCGUGCCGCGGGUAACGAGGAAGCAGAUCAAAAAGGCGCUGCGUCACUGCAAGGGGGACAGGGAGAAGGCUGUGGACCUGCUGCUGCGGAAGGAGGUUGCUGCAGCAGCAGCAAGCCACCAGUACGAAGUGCAGCAGCAGCAGCAGCAAGCAGCAGCGGCGGCUGCAGCAGCAGCAGCAUUCCCAACUCCUGCUGCACCUGCAUUUUCUUCUGCCACUCCUUCAGCGCAGCCACAGGGGCUGCCGUACCCUCAAGGCGAGCCUGUGGGGCCCUUCUCCCCGCAGCAGCAGCAGCAGUGGCAGCCGCAGCAGCAGCAGCAGCAGCAGCAGCAAGUGCUGCUGCCCGCUUCAGCCCUGCACCAGCCCUCCUGCAUACCUCCUCACCCCG